CUCACCCUACUCAGGAUUUGUCCCGCAGGCAAUCACUUACAGAGUAGGGGUUAAGUUCCCACAUCACACCAAUGCACACUGCAAUCUGUAAGUCUUGCACUUGAAGUACUAACACAUUUCCAAAUUUCCAUAUGUGAUAAUCUUCACUGCAAAACAGCUCAACCACAGCACACCUGAAGCCUGCCCUGAGGGGUGGAAAGUAACGAGUUACAUUUACUCUCGUUACUGUAAUUGAGUAGUUUUUUUGUGUACUUGUACUUUUUUGAGUAAUUUUUAAAAUCAGUAAUUUUACUUUUACUUAAGUACAUAUUGUUGGAAGUAAUUUACUUCACUACAUUUUAAAUAGCUUCCGUUACAAAGUAAAAAAAAAAAAUAGAUGAACUUGCACUGCGUCUGCAUGCCAGUAACCGUCCGUCUGAUUGGCUCUGGACAACUGCAGCGCCAGAAGGUCAGAAACGUCAAGACGUUGGUGCCAGUGCCACAGAGGAGCUAACGUUAGCUAAAAGAGGAUGGAGACGGAUGGAGACGAGUGUGUGGUUGGAGACAAGUGUGUCGAUGGAGAAGGGUCGAAUUUGGGACACAGAGACACGCACGGAGAACGUAAGGCCAAUCCCUGGCUAUACUUAAAGGACUUUUUUGAGUUCAAGUCCGCGAAUGAGAACAAUUUCAUCAUGCAAUGUAAACUUUGUAUGCCGAAAGAGACGCAGCUAUCCACCUACAAAAACUCUGCUUCCAACCUGCACAAGCAUGUACAGAGGAAACAUCCAUCAAAGAUGAAAGUAUACACUGACCUCGUGGCAGCACGGAAGCGGACCCUGGAACCAGAAAAAACCCAAAGCAAGCAAGCAAAAAUAUCUGACUUGGUGGCAGUGGGUGGAACCAAAUGUGUGCCACAAGCAAAAGUUGACAAGGUUCUGAUUAACUUCAUUUGUGAAGGCCUUCAUCCAUUUGCUGUGGUUGAACAACCUGCUUUUAAAGAACUUGUAUCAACACUGAAUCCUCAAUGCAAGAUCAUUUCCAGACCCACUCUCCGGGCCAGAAUACAGGCAGCUUCCACUCAAAUGAAGAAGGCUGUGGUGUCACACCUCAGUGGAGUCAGUUAUGUUGCAGCUACCACCGAUUAUUGGACAGCACACCAGAGAAGUUUCAUAGGGGUCACCUGUCAUUGGAAAGAUGAAGAAACGUUUGAAAGAAGAUCCGUUGUACUUGCAUGCCAGAGGUUGAGGGGGUCCCACACGUUCGAUGUGCUAGCAGGUGCCCUUGAUGACGUUCACUGUCAGUACGGGUUAAGGGGAAAAGUUGUAAGAACCACAACGGACAGCGGGUCAAAUUUUAUCAAAGCAUUCAGCGUGUUUGGGGAGCACAGCCCGUCCACGGAAGCCGAGUCAGACUCUUCUGAAGAAGAGCCCAAAGUCACCCAUCAAGACACAUUCAACAUCCUGGAAGAAAACAACGGUCUUGAAUACCAACUGCCUCCUCAUCAAAGGUUCACCUGUUAAACUUAAUCGCCACAACAGAUGCUGCCAAGGCAGAAGAACAGAAUGAUACAUACAAACGGCUAUCACGUGCAGCCUUUGGGAAAUGCCAAGGACUGUGGAACAAAACAGGUCGGUCACACAUGGCUGCAGAAACUGUGGAAGAAGAAUGCAACCUCCAGUUCAUACGGCCAAAUCAAACACGGUGGGACUCCACAUACAUGGCUGUGGAGAGGAUCAUACAAAUUAUACACGAGAAGGGAGAGGGUGCCAUCAGAAAUGUCUGAGAAAUUCAAGGUGAAAAUGCUGAGUCCGGCUGAAAUCGCCUUCUUGACCCAGUACUGCACCGUGAUGAAGCCUGUGACGAAGACAUUAAACAUCCUUCAGUCAGAGACGAACACACACAUGGGAUGGCUGCUGCCAGUGAUCUUCCAGUUAGAAGCAAAACUCGGACGACUGGAAGUAUCCUGCAAGUUGUGCCUACCACUAAUCAGAGCCAUUCAAGUUGGUGUCCAGAAGCGCUUUGGUGGGAUGAUGGGAGACCCUGAACUGAUAGCUGCAGCGAUCUUUCUGACAAAAUUCAAGACCACUUGGACUGAGAAAGCCAACAUCAUAGAAGCAGGUUUGGCCUAUGUGAAGCACCACAUUGAGCACAUGACAGAGGAUGAGAUGGAGCAUGUCGGCCACUCAUCAGAUGAGGACGAUUUCUUCUCAUCACUGAAGUCCAAAAAGUCAAAAGGCACAAGUGAGCUAGAUGGGUUCCUUGCCUGUGUUUCAGACAAAAUUGACCUACUGAACUCUUUUCCUCUCAUCAAAAAGCUCUCUCUCAAACUCAACACUGGCCUGCCUGCUUCUGCUGCUUGUGAGCGCCUCUUCAGCUGUGCUGGACUGCUUUUCACUGCAAACCGAGCUAGAAUGAACUCUACUAACUUUGAAAACCAGCUCCUGCUCAAACUAAAUAGCAAGUUCAUUGAGUAAUUAAAAUGAGGAACUAAAGCAGAGCAGGAGGAGAAAGAAACGGUGUAAAAAGUGCUUCGAAAAAUCAGUCAAAAAUCCUAGAAGAAGAAAGAAUUGACUUUCACUUGGAGAUGGUUCAUCCAGAGAUCUGUGAUUUUUAGACUUGAGGUUCGACUGAGUGUUUCUGGAGUGUUUUCCAGAUGUUUUCCAUAUGUUUCUGUUGGUUAUCAGUGAAAAGACACAGAGCCGACGACUUUCACUUCAACUGAGUUUUGUUAACAUUUAUUUUCAUAUGUGGGAUAAUCUUGUUCUGCUUUUAUGUCUUGAAAAGCUAAAGACAGUUUCCUGUUGAUUUUCUGUUCUUAUACAGUGAGAUGUGAAUGAAAGCUCAGGCAUGAAUCAAGUCAUGAUUAUUUUGCAAAAUUUUGAUUUAUUUGUGCAGUUUUUGAUACAUGUGUAUCUCUGUACACCUGAAUAUGCAACAGGUGCGUCGGUGCAACUUGAAAACAAUGAUACUAUUUCUGAUUAUUAUUUCUGACUCACCUGAUAGUGCCGAGUCCUGAAAACCAGCUCCUGUUCAAACUAAAAAGCAAGUUCAUUGAGUAAUUAAGGAGGAACUGUAAUCUGGAUCUAUCUGUGAUCUAUGUGUUUUCUUUAAUAAAAAAGUGAGUUUGAGCUUUGUGUAUGUUUUUGUACUUUUUUAUUGCAUGGGGAGAGAUUAUACCCCCCUUAAGAAGUAACUAAGUAACUUUUACUCUGAGUACAUUUUAAAUGAGCUACUUUUUACUUUUACUUGAGUAGAUUUUUACACCAGUACUUUUACUUUUACUUAAGUAAAAUUUCAUCGAGGUAACAGUACUUUUACUUGAGUAGAUUUUUUUGGUACUCUUUCCACCCC